AUGAGGCUCCCGGCGCUCUUUCCGCUGCUGACUCUGCUAGGCGUAGCUGUCGUCGCCUACGAGCCGCCGUCGCAAAAAUGUAAGGCCGUCGUUUGGUCGGGUGGCAAUAGCAUCGAGUGGCCGAGUCCGGCCACGAAAGCGCAGUACAAGAGCGAGGGGAAGUACAUCGGCAGGAACGUGAUCGCCACUCGCGCGGUCAUCCACAAGGACGACGCUUACCUCGCAUUGCCAAGGUACAAGUCUGGCGUUCCGUUCACCUUGGCGCGCAUCAGCCUCAAAGGUAGAAACUGCCGGACGAGUCUGAGUCCGUUCCCGCGCUGGUCUCUCCACGACGAGGGCAACUGCGCUGCUCUGCAGAACGUCGUCGACGUGUUCCUCGAUGCCCAGGACAUCCUCUGGGCGCUGGAUACCGGCGUCGUCAAUUCCUUCGAGGCGACCGCCAAUCGCACUUGCCCGCCGAAGGUCGUCGCCGUCAACGCAAGAUCCGGCAAGGUGGUGAAGUACGUCGAUCUGAGCAGCCUGACCAACAACGAGUCCCAUCUGCAGUACGUGAUCGCCGACUACAGCUACGACGGCCGGGUCUUCGCGUACGUCUCGGACGCGUCGAACCGCGCCAUACUGGUCUUCGACGUGAGCUCGGCUCGCGGUUACCGUCUCAUCCUCCCGGAGCACGUGGCUCUGGGCAGUACCAAGCGAGACGUUCUUUACAUUGGCUUGGUGCGUCGUCCCGACCACGCCAAUUUCUUGCUGCUGAGUUACAUCAACAGCAAGCACGUUUACGCGAUCGCCACGAGUUAUCUGCACAGUGGCGAAGCCAACGCUCGAAUCGACGAUCUGGGACCGAAAUUGGCUAAAAUCGUGUUUUUGGGAACGGACAACGGGAGCGCGGUGUUUUACAGAAGGGAAGGCGAGAGCGACGUUUAUAGGUGGGACUUGAUGGAAAGUCCGAUAAGCCAUUACAUGAGUAUACAGAGAGUUUACAAAGGCAAUAAUUAUGCUUUGCCGACGCAAGUUAGCGUGGAUUUGAAGAGAGGCAGAAUCAGGAUUCUCGAGUCCAACUUCCCGGAUUUCUUUCAAGGCACUGUUGGUUGUGGUGUCAAUCAUGCGCUGCGAUUGUUCUAA